AGGCGGUACCGCUGGUACUACUUCAGUCGACCACCGGCUUGCGAAUAAACGAGAUAUAUUCCCAAGAAAUCGAUUAAGAAUUUUUGUUUUUUUUUUCUUAUUAAGCUUCAACUCGGGAACAAAAUUAACCAUAACAUUUCAUUGGAAUACUUGCAUUUUGAAUUGGAUUUGCUUAGUGAUCAGUGCCAGACGAAGAAGUUGUUUCGAUUGAAAUUUAUAGGACUUUAAUUGGAGUGUUUAAUUCUUAUUGUUUAUUAAUUUGAGACAGGAUCAACGCGCGGUUUCCGACUAGUCUAGGCCAUGUCGGCCGAUAUUAGUGACGUGGGAAGAAUUCAAGAUGAGGACGUUUUAAAGAAAAUGUGGCAAGAAACUGAGGACUUUGGACGGAAAAAGGAAAUUAGAUCCCAUAUGUAUAAACUCCGAGAGGCACGAUUGAAGAACUUUUACAAUUCUGAAGACGUUAACACUGAAAUUCACCGGUCUACAAUAAACACUUCCUCAAACCAGAAAACUAAUAUGUCAACCACUCAUGCAGAUUCUUUGGCUGACCAAAGUUAUGUCACUUUGAAAAGCAAAGAAGUCCGAGACUCGGAAAGUCCCACGAGGGACAGCUUCAAUAAAUCAAUUGCUAAACAUCAGGAUCAAGGAUGGAACAUCGAUUCGUCUCAUGAACGGAGUAUCGAUGGGAAAACGCAUACAUCAAAGCACACUGCAACCACUUCAGGAAGUCAAAACAUUGACGGUGGCAAACUAGACUAUGUGGCAAAACUCGAAGAAAAAGCCUCAGUAUUUCAAGAUGGAGACGAUAGAAACUUUAGCAGAGCCGUGGGCACUUCGUCUAAUUCAAUGGUUCAUCAAGAAGCUUCUGGAGGAGAUGCAAACUCACAUUUUCACUCGUCAAGCAGCAAAACAUCGUCUAGUUCACGAUACGUGUCUGAAAGCAAAAGUGCCACUGAGAGCCAGAAAGCUUUGCCUCCAACUACCACAAUCACAAGAGAACCAUAUGCAACAACUCACGACGCUCAUUCCAGAUCCGUUGUUGAGAACACAUUCACCACUAAUAUUCCGAGCGACUUGAAGAAUCAUCCCAUUUAUGUUGAAGGAAAAACCAAGGUUUCACAAGAAACUAAAACUCUCGCUGAUGGUACCGUUGUAACAACCACUCGCUACGAAACAAAGGAUGGAAGUUCCACUCAGACCGCAACUACGAAAAAAUACUCCAAUGUUGCGUCGUCCCAUUCUGAGCAACGAAGCUCUUCCAGCAGAAGUGAGCAGCAAACGACGAAAAAUGUGAUGAAAAAUGAUAGAGGAACUUUGGAAUAUGUUGUGGAGCCUGGAAAAGUGGUUGACAUUGAAAUAAAAGCAAUCAACAAAGCUGAUGAUCUGCAGUUGCGAAGAGACACCGAAAAUAUUACUCGCCAAACUAAAUCUACAAGAGUUGUGCAGAAUGAACAGAGAAACAUUCAAAAUGCUGUGGAUGUUAAGGAAAAUCGCAAAGCAAUUCAAAACCAAGUUGAAUAUGUGGAUAUUCCUGCAAGCCAAGUGACAACGACCAAAACAACUAGGAUCGUCUCGGAACAUCCGCAAGAGCGACCAGCGAACCAAAGCGAUAAGCAUCAACGCCCUGAAUAUGUGGAAAUUCCAGUAGACCAAUUUACUACAACCAGAACUACCACAACCAAGACAGUGUCCGACCAUGUGCCCCAGACCCAAACGGACACUACUUAUCGUACUACGUCAACUCACACAAUUAAUCAAGCAAAGGAUUUGAGGGAUUCCAAGAGGGUGGAUGAUCAGUUUAUUUCUACAGAACGUCAACACGAAGUGGAUACUCGGGAACAUGUCACUAAGACUAGGGAGCCUCUGAAGCAAUCACCAAAAGAGCCCACCGAGCCGUAUGUUCAACCAGAUCGGCGCCACCCGAUUAAACCGGGAAAAUCUGAACUGGACCAGAAACCAAGUCCAACAGAUGGACAGUACGAUACAACUUAUCGCAAUGACUUUACCAGCAAGAAAAUAUCGGUAGAAGUGAGCGCUACUCAUGACGCAUUUGCCAGGUCUUUGAGAUCCAUUACCCCUGAGAGAAUUACAAGAAAUUCUCCCAGAACUACCAGCAAUACUUCCCUUCCUAGAAGCACCACCAGUCCUGGGAAAACUUAUCCAUCCAGGUCUUCACCCGAUCGAUACGGCCGAUCCCGUAGUCCACGGAAAUCUGUGGAUAGAUUUUCAAGCAGCGAAACCAUAACAUACAAAACCAGCAAAGUGCCCCCACUUAGCAGAUCUCCCGAUAGAAUCUAUGUGGAUAAAGAAAAUGAUACCGUAUCCACAAGAAAAACAUCUAAAUCCGAUUACUAUAGCACUGAUACACUUACAAGAAAGUCGAAGACAACUCGAGGUGAAACUGUGGUGGAUUCCAGUACUUUGACUCGUCGCAAAAACCAGCCAAGAAGUCCUUCACCUACAGGAACUGCCAGUACUGAUUUCGAGUACGUAACAAGUAGUCAGGAUGUCACUACUGACUUGGAUGAGGAUACGAAGGUGAUCACAAGAGAAAAAAGUACCAAACGAGAUACCAGACCAUCCAGCUUAGAAAUUACGACCAGAAAGGUUAAAAAAGUUACUGAGCGUUCGCCGACAUCUCCCCUGACUGAUAUUGCCAGUCCUCGCAGGUCGCCCACGAAAGAGAAAUCGCCGAGUAAAGAUACCACUUUUGAAAAGCCAAAGCUUUUGCGCACCGACACUUAUGAAGAGCACGUUAAGGAGAUAUUAGGUUUGACUAAAGACGCAAAGGAAACACGUAGAAGCAGCUUGGAGAAAAAUUCGUUAAAAAGAAGCUCAUUCAGGGAGACCAAAACAAGAACAACCACUGAGGAUGAUGUAUCAAGGAAAACCACUAAAACUGGAUCUCCAGAUAGGAGAAGUCCAGUUAAGGAAUCUCCAGGUCAAUCAAGAGCAACUCCAACAGGAAGAACUUCUGAUGUUCCAGAUAAAAAAUCACCUGGUCCAAAAGUUUCAGAAUUUCCAAAUCAAUCGCGAAAGUCUCCGGAGAAGCACAUUGCUGGAACUUAUCCCGAGAAAAAGUCACCUACUAAAACAUCGCCCACAGUAUCAGAGUUUCCAUCUCAAAUUCGAAAAUCACCGCAAAAAGAGAAAGUAGAACCCUAUCCCCAGAGGAUGUCACCAGCUAAAACAGCUCCAACCGUUAGUGAAUUUCCUUCACAAAUCAGACAAUCUCCAGAAAAAGCCGUUGCAUAUCCUGAUAAGAAGUCCCCUACAAAACCUUCUUCGGACCUACCGUCCCUGACACAAAAAUCUCCUCAAAAAGCAGUUUCAGAACAUUAUCCCGAUCAUAAAUUGCCAUCCAAAUGCGUCCCAUCGGUUGACGAAUUUCCUGCCCAGACACGAAAGUCUCCGGAACGUGAACCUUUAAAGCAAUAUUCUGAACCAAAAUCGCCUACGAAAAUUGCUUCAACAAUUUGCGAAUUUCCUUCGCAAAGCAGAAAGUCGCCAGAAAGAGAACCAUUAGAGCCCUACCCGGAGAAAAAAUCUUGUCUUAAAACGGCCCCAACUAUUUCAGAAUUUCCAUCACAAAUCAGAAAAUCCCCGGAAAAGGAACCUUUGGAACCCUACCCAGAAAAAAAAUCGCCUGCUAAAACACCUUCAACCAUUUCGGAGUUUCCAUCGCAAAUCAAAAAAUCUCCGGAAAGGGAGCCACUAGAGCCUUAUCCGGAGAAAAAAUCUCUCACUAAAACAUCACCAAAAAUUUCCGAAUUUCCUUCCCAAAGUAGAAAGUCGCCUCAAAGAGAGGUUUUGGAACGUUAUCCCGAAAAAACAUCUCCGACUAAAAUCGGUCCUUCAAUAAGUGAAUUUCCGGCACAAGCAAGAAAAUCUCCAGAGAAGGAGGUGUUGGAGCCAUAUCCUGAGAAAAAGAUACCAACCAAGUCGUCAACGACAAUUUCAGAAUAUCCGGGACAAAAGCGAAAGUCCCCCGAGAGGCAACCAUUGGAGCCCUACCCGGAAAAGAAAUCUCCUGUUAAAACUGCACUAACAGUUUCAGAGUUUUCCAGUCAGGGUAAAAAGUCACCCAAAAAGGAGAGUUUGGAGCCUUAUCCCGAAAAAAUCUCACCAACCAAAUCAGUUUCAAGAAUUAACGAGUUUCCAGCUCAAAUUCGAAGGUCUCCAGAAAGACAUCCAGCGGAGCCUUACCCCGAAAAAGUUCCAACCACCAAAGUUGCUCCCACUAUUAAUGAAUAUCCUUCACAAACUCGAAAGUCUCCAACAAGAGAACCAAUGGAGCAGCAACCUGAAAAAUCAAGGAUCCCUAAUCUAUCUUCAACAGGACCUUCUCCUGGUCAAAAAGCUCCAAGCAAAUCACCUGACCGUGCUCCUAGCAAAUCCCCAGAACGGCCAAGAGAACAAUUACCAAAAAGUAAAAAGCAUCCAACUUCAUCGAAAAAAUCGCCAAGAAAACAUCUCAGGUCGGAAAGUUCUACUUCGUCUGAAAGUGAAGAUAUCGAGGAAGUUGUAACCGACCAAACUAUUCAGUAUGUGGAAAAUCGAGUACCCAUCCAAGAACCAGUUGUAGAAAAGAAAAUAUUUACGCAACUAUGCAAAGCUGAUGAGGUCACAAGGUUGAACAAAAAAAAGACCACUCAGGAACUUAUCGAAUCAGAAAUUGUAGAAAGUGCUCGAAAUAGUGAAGAUAUCAGGAAAUCCGUGAAGAAAGAUACGCCGCUCACAAAUGGAAAAGAAUCUCCGAAAAAGCCAAGUGUGAAAAAGUUCACCACAACCUCCGAAAUCACAAAAGCUGAUGUGAGGCUUUCGUCCAACAUAAAAGAAAAGGCACCGGUGAGAAAAGCCCCGGAGAAGACACCAUCAAAGAAAGUCAUCGAUUGUUGUACCAUCAGCAGUUGCUGUCAAGUUACCAAAAAAGAAUCCCCCAAAUCUCCAAACUGUCCAGCCAAAAUCCCCACACUCAAAAAGCAGCCAGUGACCACUUACAAAGUGGAAAAAACGAAGUUUAUCGGAGCGACUGAAUAUCAACAUCAAUUUUCUAAGGUAAAUAAAAUCACCAAAGAACCAACGCAAAAGCCUUUGAAACCUGAAAAGAAAACCACUCUGCAUGACAUUGAGCGUUCGGCAAAACUUAGGGAGGACAAGUCGGUUCACAUUAGAACCAAUCGGGUUGAUGAAACCGUAACGAAGAAGAAAGUUACAAAAACCGUUCUUGUUAAUGGCGAUGCAAAUAAACCAAAACCGAAAGAAUCGCCAGUCAGAUUGACAAACUUAACUAGACGGCCUGCCAAUGUCAGUCCAAAUGCAAAGCCGGUAGCUGAAGUGAAACCGAAGCAAACCACUGCGACACCAUCCAGAUAUAUCACAAAACCUGUGAAAGAUGAUAAGCCGAAAACAACUCGACUUGUUGAACCCAAAAGACACGUUGUAAGCACUACAAUUACGGUUUCUUCCAAAGCCAGUCCGAAAACCAAACCAACUACAAAGUCUUCCGUAACAACAUCAAAAACGGCAGCAACAACAACCAAAUACCGACGUGACAAAGUCACCAAUGGCUAUGCGUCUGAUACUGAUGAUGAUUCUGUGGUGGAAAGCACUGAAGGAUCAUUUAUUGAUCUAACCGAUAGACGGGAAGAAUCUUCUCGUACUCGUGACCAAACCUUUAAAUCUACCAGAUCAGCGCCGGUCCGAGGAUUGUCCAAAUCUGAUAUGGACUCAGACAAUGAAGAAUCUACCCAAAGAGUUAUUACAACCAAGACCGUCCAAAUAACCAAUGAAGACACUCCGGAUCGUGAUUUUAUUGUUAAUCUUCAAAGGUCCAAAUCUUCCAGAGAACCUACUCCAGACAGGCUUUGCCCCAGGCCAAUGACCAGCGAUGAAGAAGACGAAGAUUCUUUGCCAGCCAGAUAUCCGGAUGAAAUCAGUGAACCUGACGACGGAUCCCUGAGAAGGAGAGCGAAGAAGUUAUCCGACCUACCAAUUUUUGAAACUGAGGACAUUAGUGAAGUCAGCAGAAUAACAGACAUCACCGACACCAAGACAAAGAUCAGCAAAGUGGAUAGAGUAGAGGCAACCGAUGAGAGUCUUCUCACAAUCAAUAAAAAAAUCGAUAAAUUCCUCAACACGGCGGAACAGCUAACUAAAGAACCCAUCAAAUCAAAAGCCAGUAAAGUGGAAAGACCUACCUUUGAGGUAUCUGAUGAUCUCAAAGAAGAUGAGUGCCUCCUUAGUGUGUCUGAUAAAGUCAGCAGAUUUAUAAACACUGCUGAUCAACUCAAUACGAGCAGUUUGCCUGAUAGGCCGAAAAGUCCUCGACCAAAAGCUCAGGAUGGAGUAAGAGCGAAUAUCCAGAAAAAGGUCACUGACUUUAAUGUUUCCGUCGAAGAGACCACACUAUCUAAAAAAAGGCCUGCAUCCAAAGUGCCUCGACCCGAUUUGGAUGAAGUAGACGAAACCCUAAAGCGAGACGAAUGCAUGCUGAGUGUUUCGGAUAAAGUAAGCAAGUUUAUUUCUACUGCAGAAAAGUUAACAUCCACCACCCCUCCUAAGAAAGUGAGCCUUUCAAAGAUUGACAUUCAACCCACAUUGAACGAGCCAACUCCCUCACCCACUAAAAGCGAUAGAAAAUCGCCGGAGAAAAACAUUACCAAAAAGCUCAUAGAAACUGAAAAGAUACAAGAAACAAAUGUUCGAAUAUCGCCUGAAAGAAGCAGGUCGCCCUCUCCAGGGCAAAAGACUCCAAACAGACGACCAUCCAAUCAGUACUCCAGUAUACUGCAUACAGAGUCAACAGAAAGGAGAUAUUCGCCUUCAGAUCGAUUUUCACCGGACUCUACACCUAAGUCCACGCGAAGGCCUUCACAAGAGGAACCAAACCCUAAAAUCAGCAGCGCAACUAGACUCAGAAGCACUGAGAGUAUUAAGAAAGCAAAAGCACUGUUUGAAAAUGUCGAUUCUAAGGAAACGAAGUGGCAGAAAGAUAUUUUAUCUAGGCCAUCUGUGUUCGAGGGUAAGAAGACGGCGAAAACAGAGAAAAACUUUAAUGUGGAGGACAAGGAGGAGAUUACCACUAAGAAACUGUCUUUGAAAAAAGUUACAGAUGAUUCAGGGGCAACCAGGACUACGAAAGUGAGUGAAACAACAUCCAGAAGAUCGCAAUCGCCAAAGAAAUCACCUCAGCGAGUUGCAUCUCCUGAAAGAAUCCAAGUGAAGAGAUUCAGAUCAAGAUCCCCCGAUAAAAUUCCCGACAUCAUCGAACCCCAGCCGGAAAUUGUUAGCAGUAAAUCCCGAAGUCGAGAACCAACUCCCGAUGGCGAUUUACCACAUUACAUGAAACCGUUAGAUAGAAGCCUAAGACCGAACAGUCCUCAUCGAGAUGGUUCUAGUCCAACUAAACCUCAACCUGUAGAACAGGAUGCUAGAUCAACUCGGUUUGGGGUUACAUUGAGAAGAACUGAUUCGGGCCGGACCAUAAAGACAACAGAGAAUUCUGCUAUAACCGAAAGAAGGAAAAGCAGUAUUAUCUUGGAGAAGCGGAUCACUGAGGAGGAAAUUGAGGAGAUUUUUGAAUUGGAAGUUUUGGAGGAAUUGCUUGAAAAAAUAACUGGCUACGAACUGAGAAGGAAGAUUCGCACCCAAAUUCGCCUAGUAAAAAAGCUGAUAACAGAAGGUACCCUAGAAGAGUACAUUACGAAAAGAAAAUCAGUAUCACGUGAGGCCAUUACUCGAAGAGGUUCCAGCCCAUCUAAAGCUCCGAAACCCGAAACUACAACCAGCUCUACUGAAUAUCAGUCGACCUAUACAAGGAAAGUUAGUCCAGAGCGUAAAGUCGUCGACUCCAAUAAGCUAUACAAGCAUUCCGGACUCGUCGACAGGCGAAGAAGUAGCUUGGAAACGACUACCGAAUAUCAGUCAUCCUACUCGCAUGAUGAACGCAGAUCUUCCACUGAAAUUACAUCAGUGUCGAGAAAAAGCUCGAGUCCUCAAAGAACUAGUUCCAAAACCACCGAGUUUCUCCCUUCGGAUAAAGUGACUACGACUACAACCACAGAAAACAUCCCCGGAGGAACCCGAUCGACCACAACCAAAACCACAGAAAGAACGUUUACCACUUUGAAAAAAACAGUGCCCCCUGCAAAAGCACCGAUGUCCGCUUCACAGCCAGAAUGGGUGAGGCAGCGAAAUUUGAAAAACACCAGAGAAACUGCCGCUACCACUGUUAAAAAGAGCACAAACACUUCUACCAGCACAUCCAAGAAGUUUACUUCCAGAAUCAGCCCGGCAAAGGAAAUUAAGGGCACGGAUAUUAUCACGUCCAGUUAUGGCGUAGGACCAACAGACGAAAAUGGUACACCUUUAUUUGGACUGAAGGCUCUGAGGGCACAGAAUAAAAAUGAAAAAACAAAAGUUCAAGGAACAGUGAUUCGAAGUGAAUAUUACUCGGAAAACGAUCAAGAGCCGGUGGGCCAAGUGAGCGUUACGAAAUAUUCGACCGAUCCGAGAGACUUGGAACAAGACGGAAUUAUUGCCGUUGAUGGAAAAGUGUCCAGCGUUACCACCACCCAGAAAUUUGGAUAUAAAGAUACACCGUCUUUGAAAAGUCUCACCGACAAGAAAAAGGAAAUAUGCGACACCACCGAAACAUCGACAACUAAAACCACUAAAGUUAAUCGCAGAGGUUCAGUCAAAGAAAUCUCAAAGAAAUUCAUUGAUAAUGCAGUUGAAACUUUGAAGAGUGAACGGCAAACAACCUAUCCAAAGGCAGGUUUGAUCUUGCGAAGUUCCAGCUUCAAAAGUACGAACGGCGAAGGUGAAUUGGAUAGCAGAGAAUCAUCUCCAGCUGAAGACAGACAAACAACAAGCAGUGUUGUAACAAUGUCUACCAUGCAGACUUCCACCACUGGCGAGACGUUUUUGACUAACAAAAACAAGAUUUCUGGAGUGCGGGAUGUAUUAACAAGAAUGAAAAAUGAAAAUUACGUGGAGGGAGACACUGACGAAGAUAUUGCAGCCAGAGGACUGUUAAAUAAGUUUACAGGAGCACAGGUAAUAUUGUCUGGAAUGGAGGGAUGUGCUAAAUCUUCAACUGCAAAAUCCUCAACGUCUUCUCCAACUUCCAGUGUCAGAAGAUCGACAAAAAUAACCACAACUAUCACGGAAAACGGAAAGCCAACAGUUACGACCAGAGUUUUCCAACGUCCAGUGACAGAGAAGGAACUUCAGACAGUUUGGGACGAGCAAACCCUUCAAUUACUGUUAGAGCAAAGCACCGACUACGAGGAACGUCGAGUUAUCAGGGCACGAUUGCGCCAAGUAAUGGCGGAACAAGAAGCAUGCACGGCAUUGGUUGACGAAGCCACCAAAGGGGAGGAACCGAAGACGCCCACCACCCCCAUUGUACCCGGACAAUUAGAGGAAGCCGUGGAGACCACCAAAGAAGUCAAGAAGGAAGGUGACGUCACUACUACAAACGUUACCACAACAGUUACCCAACAGCAAGUGAGAGCCCCUAAACCCAUGUCACCAUUUGCCAAGUUUCGCCAAUUGGACAAGCAAAACAGUAUCAAUAAACCAACACCUCCAAGCACCCCGGGCACUCCCCGAGGCUCUGGGCCCCUCUUUAAAUUCACCGAUCCGGCCCUGACGCAGUCCGCGAGCACAAUUAAAGACCGCCUCUUGCACUGGUGUCGGAUGAAGACUAAGGAGUACGAGAACAUUCAACUGGACAACUUCUCAAGCAGCUGGGCAGAUGGACUAGCCUUUUGUGCAUUGAUUCACCACUUCUUGCCGGAAACUUUCGACUACAGCAUCCUCACGCCCAAAGAACGCAGACAUAAUUUUGAGCUGGCCUUCCGAAUUGCAGAUGAGAAAGCCGAUAUUUAUCCUUUAUUGGACGUAGAGGACAUGUUAGAAACACGAAGACCCGACUGGAAGUGCGUUUUCACCUAUGUACAAUCCAUUUACAGACGUUUCAAAGACGACGAUUAAAUUAUUAAAAUAUACUUUUUAUAAUUUUAUACUGCCAAAAGGUCUAGUAGCUGUAAUUUCUUUAUAAUUUACCCAUUUAAGUACAGAACUGAUACGAUGAACAAGAUGUGUAAAUAUUUGUAAAAAUAUGUUUACAAUAACAAAAUUAUUUUCAUUGGGUAAAUUAUGAAAAAAUAUUAAUUAACUGUAAAUUUAAUGUUUGUUUUGUUUGAUAUUAAAUAUUUGUGAAGCUGUUUUAUAUGUUCCUUUUAUAAUAAUUGUUAAAAUUUGUGGUGCUUUUUUAUUAAUCGCUACUGUGAUUGAUUAUUUUCGUACUGAACCAUAAAAAAGCAUUUUAAGUGAUCUUUAGAUCUCUCGAUAUAUUUUUGUUUCCGUUUAGAUACCAGACUUUUAUAUUUUGCCCAGCUGUUUCUAUCCAUACAAUUAAGUUUUUACCUAGUUUACUUGCACAUGAAUGAGUUUUUACUCUAUUAGAUUUUUAACUUUCACUUAGACGUUUUGCUUAUUUAUUUGAAUCUUGUUAAGGGAUGUUGCAGAAAGCUUGGUAUUUUGCUUCUAACAUUACAUUGUAUAACAAAAAGCCAUUUUUGCCAUUGCAUUGUAUUACACUAUUAUCCAAGAUGAUAAUUUUACAGCUAUUUCUAUGUGCCUUAAUUGUUAUAGUCCCGCAUUUUAAAAUAAACCUUACCGACUAAAUAUACAUUUAUAUACAGAGAAUCUAACAAAAAUAUAUAAUAAUUGUUUAA